AGUACGAAGGUUACGACUGCGGAAGAAACGGCAUUGUGUCGGUGCCAGAAGAACCGACGAAGAAAGUGUUGGAGACUACGAAAUCAUCCUCCCAGUUGAACCAGAACAGUCAUCGGGAGGAGACCAGCUGGUGGGUGGCGGAGGAGGGUGGGCAUCAAGAUAUAAGGGAGCGUGACAAGGGUGUAGCGGUGGCGGGUGAGCUGGCUUGCCUCGCGGGUUACAUGGCAGGGUACUUGAAGGCGGCGGGCGCUACUUGCGCUCCGACUGGAACUCCUCAGUACCAUGCCCAUGGUCACCCAGCGAUGGGGGUCGGCACUCAUCCGCACCCGCAUUCACAUCCGCACCCAGGAGCUCCUCACCCAGGAUUACAUUCGCCUUUCACUCUUACGACGCAUGGUCAUCCACAUCCACAUCCGUUGGAGCAUGGGCUGGCCGCUUUUCCUCAAGGGAUGAAUCAACGAAAACAACGCCGUGAACGGACCACGUUCACCCGAGCGCAGUUGGACGUGCUCGAAGGACUUUUCACUAAAACGAGAUAUCCCGAUAUCUUUAUGCGGGAGGAGGUGGCGCUGAAGAUCAAUCUGCCUGAAUCACGAGUACAGGUAUGGUUCAAGAAUCGUCGAGCUAAAUGCCGACAGCAACUGCAACAGCAGCAGCAAACCUCGCCCUCGAAGGGAUCACCGCGGUCCACUCAGAGCCAAAAUAACGGGAACAAUGGCACCAAGAUGUCGACGAGUUCGUCGACGGCACCCAGCAGACGCUCGUCGCCUGUCUCGCCACCGCGCGGCAAGGAAGCACCGGGUCCAAACUCGCCUCUGUUGUCCACGAGCUCGACGUACCCGCGUCUCGGCGUGACGCCGACCGGCGGAAGCGGCGCGAACAGCGCCAUGACCACUCCGUCGCCGCCGUUAACACCGGGCUCGAGCCAACUGCCACCUUCGUCGUACCCGCCAGCGAUGAACCAGAUCCAUCACGGCGAAUACGGCUUCACAUGGAGUUCAGCGUCGCCGGGCUCGGUGAACCCGAGCCAAUGUUACGCCGGGCAGAGUUACAACGCGUAUCAGAACCCGUACACAAGCGGCGACUACUAUCAAACCCAGAUCUCGCAUAUGCAUCACAGCCCCCAGGGGAACUAUCACCAUCCGCAGUAUCACCACAAUAUGACGUUAACGUCGUCGAUGUCGCACUUGACCAGCCACCAUUUGAACCCGACCAGCAGCAACGACAUGGCAACGUCGCCGUCGGACACCGACGGUUACAUACUGCCUGAUCAAAAGUAUCAGACGAUGGUAUAGCGGUCCAGCAGAUCGUCCGGGAUCUUUCAUCGCGGCCAAGAUGGCACCGUCGCCGCUGGAUCGUUCCCUACGUACAACUGGCGCCUCAAUUCUACAACAAACUGUUCCGAAAUGAACGGUAACAUCGAUUCAGACGAUAACUGAUAGACGCGUGGAUAAUGAUGACGAUGACGAUGAUGA